AUGUCAACGCCCGAAUACCUCACAGGCAAGAAGGAUGCCAUCCAUCAAUUCAUAGACAAGUACGAUGUCUUUCUCUUCGACUGCGAUGGCGUCCUCUGGUCAGGCGACCACCUCUUCCCCGGAAGCGUGCCUACCUUGGAGAUGCUGCGCAAGAAGAACAAGCGGGUGGUGUUCGUGACCAACAAUUCGACCAAAUCGAGGGAGGACUACCGCAAGAAGCUCGAAAGCAUGGGCAUCCCAGCGACGGUAGAAGAGGUCUUUGGGUCCUCAUACUCGGCCAGCAUCUACAUCUCGAGGAUCCUCCCGAAGACGCAUCCGGAGGUGAAGAAGAGGAACAAGGUCUUUGUGGUGGGCGAGGCAGGCAUCGAGACCGAGUUGGCGUCCGAGGGCAUCUCGUAUCUCGGAGGUACGGAUCCCGCGUACAGGCGCGAGGUGACGCCCGAUGAUUACAAGCUGCUGGCUGCAGGUGACCCGUCGGUGCUGGACCCAGACGUUGGAGUGGUGCUGGUAGGCCUGGAUUUCCACUUCAACUACCUCAAGCUGUGCUACGCCUACCACUACAUCCAACGUGGCGCCUUGUUUCUGGCCACCAACUUGGACUCGACUCUCCCAUCUGCCGGCGCCCUCUUUCCCGGAGCCGGGUCGAUCAGUGCGCCGUUGGUCAAGAUGCUGGGCAGCCAGGAGCCCAUGGCGUUUGGGAAGCCCAACCAGGCCAUGAUGGAUGCCAUUGAGGGCAAGUUCCAGUUCGAGAGAAGCAAGGCCUGUAUGGUCGGCGACCGGACCAAUACAGACAUCCGCUUCGGUCUGGAAGGCAAGCUCGGGGGUACUUUGGGCGUCCUGACCGGCGUGGCUACGAAGGAAGAGUUUCUCGAGGGCGAUGUUCGACCGCAUUACUACGUGGACAAGUUGGGAGAUCUGCUAGAGGGCGAGUGA